UUUUGUUGGGCAUUAAAGAUCAUCAAAUGCAAUUUUGACGUGUGAACUUGGGUGAUAACUUUACAUGAUUUUAGAAGUAUUAAUAUUUGUAUUAUGUAAUUGUAAUAACGUUAAUGUCAUAAAAUCUUCAGAAGGAAAAAAAAGAAAAGAGAAAAUCCAUACGCCGAUAACGGUUACGUGUUUUUAUUUAAUUAUUUAUCAAAUGAUAUAGCAAUGCGUUUUUUUUUGCGUGUUAUGAGUGUUCUUAUGUCAAUUAUGCCAAGGAGAAAUUAGUCUUAGGGUUCAAGGGCAACACAUCCAUCCAAUGACUCGCCGUGCACGCUUUGAGGCUUCCAAUAUAAAGCUCGGUUCUCGCGCCCUUCCGUCUCAGUUGGGUGACACCGAACAAAGAGAAAGGUCAUUCGAUCAUCACUCUCGCUUUCUGAUGUACGCAAUGGUAACCGAGGACUUACUAAUGCUGGUGUACGAGGUGUGUCAAGAGAAGGACCUGCGAGCGGCGGUGAAGACCAUCUUUCAAUGCACCGCCAUACCAGGCGUCUCAGUACUAGCCUGUGCUGUGAUUAUGGGCCCCUGGGGCGUCUUGCUGGGUAGCUGUGUUCGGUUCUUCGUUCAUGAUGAUAACGAUUAUGAAAAUACUGCCCUCGUAGACCUCGGAAUCUCUCUCGGGGCCUCUGUGACCUUCUCGCAGCUCACGCAGCCCAUGAAGUCGGAGAUCGUCGCUAUUGUCAAGAAGUACUUGGAGUAUGACCACAACAUGGCAGUAAAGCCUUAAAUGCCUUAGAGACCGUUCAGGUGAAUGGUGCGAACGGCGGUUUCUUUUCUGUUUGAAUUUGUUAGCGAAGAUGGGUUCGCCGUUGGUACUACUGUUGGAGAUUGGAAUUAUUAUCUGUUUGAGCCAAGACUGUGAAAAAGACAGUUCCAAAAUAAACAAAUAAAACUAUCAAA